AUGACGUACCUUUGUGUUGAGCCAGAGACAUCCUUUGUAAAAAGUCAUCGACGCACACCAAGUGACAUUGAAUUUAAAGAAUUGAUGCGAAGAGAUGCACUGGCUGGAAUGCAUAAAGAGUUGCAAAAGUUAGUCAAAACUGCAGAACCAAAGAGUCAAGAAAAAUGCCAUUUAGAAAUGGACCAAUUUGAGCAGCUAUUUAGCCGAUAUUUGCAAGAAACAGGGCCAUCUGUAAACUGGGAUAAAAUCAAACCCAUCCCAGAUGAUUUGAUCAAAUCUUAUGCAGAUAUUCAGCAAGCCAAACUGGUUAACAUUAAAGAGAUGCUGAAUCAGUUGGUAGUAGUCAAGCUGAAUGGUGGUCUGGGGACAAGCAUGGGCUGUCGGGGUCCCAAAAGUGCCAUCUCUGUCCGGAAUGAUCUCACUUUUCUUGACCUUACUGUCCAACAGAUUGAGUAUCUGAACAAAACAUAUGGAGCUGAUGUACCUUUAGUCUUAAUGAAUUCUUUCAACACAGAUGAAGAUACAAAAAAAAUUUUGUGUAAAUAUGCUCAAGUGAAAGUAAGAAUUUUCACUUUUAACCAGAGCAGGUUUCCACGAAUCUUGCAUGAGUCUUUACUUCCACUGCCCAAAAGUAAUUCUGAUAAUUCUAACAGCUGGUAUCCACCUGGCCAUGGUGAUGUGUAUGCAAGUUUUUAUAAUGCUGGUCUCUUGCAAGAGUUCCUCAAUGAUGGCCGAAAAUAUAUGUUUUUAUCUAAUAUUGAUAAUCUAGGGGCAACUGUUGAUUUACAUAUAUUAAAUUUUCUUUUAAACACAUCUAAUGGCCCAGUACCUGAAUUUGUGAUGGAAGUUACUGAUAAAACUCGGGGAGAUAUUAAGGGUGGAACUCUUGUUGAAUAUGAAGGAAAACCAAGACUGCUUGAAAUUGCUCAGGUGCCAAAAGAACAGGUUGAUGAAUUCAAAAGUGUCAGCAAAUUCAAGAUUUUUAACACCAACAACUUAUGGAUUAACAUGGAGGCUAUGAAAAGAGUGGUGAAAGAAAAACAACUUCAUAUGGAAAUCAUUGUUAAUAACAAAAUCCUGGAAAAUGGUGUGAAUGUAAUCCAACUGGAAACAGCUUCUGGUGCAGCAAUAAAAUGUUUUGAAGGUGCCAUGGGUAUCAAUGUGCCCAGGAAGAGAUUUUUACCUGUAAAGACAACGUCUGAUCUUCUGCUAGUAAUGAGCAACUUGUACAGUAUGAGGACUGGGGCCCUGGAGAUGAGCAAAUUACGUUCAUUCCCAUCUGUUCCUUUGGUGAAGUUGGGAGCAAACUUCCAGACUGUAAAAGAAUUUUUAUCACGUUUUGCCAGCAUUCCUGACAUGAUUGAAUUGGAUCAUCUUACUGUAUCAGGAGAUGUCACAUUUGGAAAAUCUGUUUCACUCAAGGGUACUGUUAUCAUCAUUGCAAACCAUGGUUCAAGAAUUGACAUUCCAUCUGGUGCUGUAAAUAAUUUAUAUGGAAAGAGAGAGAGGCUCUCUCUGCUCUUUCUUUCUUUCCCUUCCUGCCUAUUUCCCUUCUCUCCUUCCCCUUUUCUCACCCCUUCCUCUCCCUCCCCCUUAUUUUUCUCACCACCUUCUCUCUACUCCCUCCCUCUCUCUCCUCCAUCCCCUCUCUUUCUCUUCCCUCCCUCUCUUUUUCUCCCCUCUCUCAGCCACCUCUCUCUCUUUAUGUCCCGUCCCCCUCUCUCUUUCUUGUUUUUUUCUUUAAAUAAUUACUACUUUCAUAGAGGGUUUUUUGUUAUUUUCCUUCCUUCCUUCCUUCCUUCCUUCCUUCCUUCCUUUUGUUUAUUUUUUUCUUUUUUUUUCUCACUUUUUUAUUGCUUUUUCCUUUGUUCUUUUUGUUGGUCUUUCUUUUAUCUCAAUCUUCUCAUAAUUUUUUUUCUCCCAUUUUUUUUUUCUUUUUAUCUAUUUUCUUUUUUGUUAAGCUGUUUUUUCCUUCCUUUUUCAUGGUGA